AUGGUAAGCGCCAUAUUAAUUCUGCUUUAUUGUUGCGCUGCUAAAGCUGCGCUUGAUGAUGCUGAUAAGAAAAACGACGCGAAUGUGGAGGAAUAUCAAGAGAUGUCAUGGCGAGUGAUGGCUACAUACAAUCAAAUUUCUGAUGAUCUCUACUACUGGAUACCAAUAAAACUUUUGGACGUACGCACCGAGUUUACCGUUGGCCUGCGUUUCACAAUCAGAAUUGCAGUCGCUCAGUCAAACUGCACUCGACUUGUAGGAACAUUUCUACGAUUAGUCAUGCUUAAGCGAAUAAAAUUUGGUCCAGAAAAUACGUCCAACUUUAAAUAA